GUACAAGCCUAUGACAUCCCUAUGACGCUGAAUGGCGCGUCAGGGCUACUUAUUUAUGGAUCGCUCCUCGUCCCACCUAGCUAUUUUUACCCUCCAUGAGGAGCCUCCGGCUGAAAACUCGAAUUUAUUUACGGUCCGGAAAGACCGGUUAAGUUAGUCCUGUUCUCUGCCGUCAUUCUCCCACCCCUCCAAUGUUUUCUGCCUCACAUCUGGAUCUCGGUCUUGACCGAUUUGCCGACUCCUUGUCUAUUGUGUAGAGAAUCAACUGUAGCAGCGCUAUGCUACUCUUGAUCUAACGGCAUUCCUGCGGUAACGAACAGAUGGUACCAUGUGCUUGGUCUUCCUGAUGCAGUGACCAUCUCGAACGUGCUACAACCCUACUUAUAGGUAGCUGCUGCAUUAAAUAUGCCGCCCUAUUCAUCAUGAUUGACCUCUUCCAUGGUGUCUUGCUUUUCUCGGUCUUUGCAACUUCAGAAGUAUAUGGCACCAAUCUAACCUCUUUCGUGAAUCUUUUCAUUGGAACAUCGACCGCGGCAAAUGGCGGGAGUGGGGGUAACGCCUUUCCAGGCUCGGCAGUUCCCUAUGCGAUGGCCAAGGUUGGAAUCGACGUCAGUACUACGCCUCGACAAGCGGGAUAUAUCGCAGAUAAUUCGUCCAUCACUGGCAUAUCACUGAUACAUGACGAAGGUACAGGUGGGAAUACGGCAGGGGGUUAUGGCAUAUUCCCACUCUUUCCCUUGACCAACUGUUCUUUUUCCGAGUGUCCAGUCAGGAUUGGUGCUCGGGCUGCUUUACGUGCUGCGGGAGCCGAUGUCGCUUUCCCUGGUUACUUUACCACGACAUUUGUCAACGGCAUUCAGCUAGAGGCAACAUCCACGCGAAGAGCCGGGCUGAUCAGAUUUACUUACCCUGAGGGCAACAGUGUCAACCACGUCGUAGUCGAUCUGACAAACGAUCUGCAGCGGUCGUUUGAAGGCGGCGGCCUUUCCAUAGCCAACGGAAGAGUCACUUUACAGGGGACAUUCCUUCAAAGUUAUGGAACGGACAAUUACACGGCUUACGCCUGUUAUGAUUUCACCUCCGAGUUCGCAAACCAGAGCUUGAUUGCAUCCGGAAUAUACCAAUCUACUUCGUCCAGUGAUGCCAACAAUAUCGUGAUUACGCCUAAUGCGAGCACCGUUAGCUUCGCAUUCCAGUCUUCUGUCUAUGCAAAUCAGGCGGGUGCCUUAUUGUCAUUUAGUUCCUCUACUGUCACUGCACGUUUCGGAAUAUCCAUGAUCAGUACCGACCAGGCAUGCGCGAACGCAGAGGAGGAAGUUCCUACCUGGAAUUGGGAUGCCGUUCAGGCAGCAUCAGUUUCGAAAUGGGAAGACGUGUUAUCGCGUGUUCAGGUCAACCCUGACGUUGAAGAUCCUACGAUUGUAGAACUUCUGUAUUCAUCACUAUACAGGGCAUCCCUCAUUCCAGCAAACCUCACCGACGAGAAUCCAUACUGGGAUUCUCCGUAUCCUUUCUAUGAUGCUUUAUUCUGCUCAUGGGACACAUUCCGGACUGCGCACCCGUUGCACUCAAUUAUCAAUCCCCGUGCAUGGGCUGAUAUUGUUAGUGCGUAUGUAGACGGCUGGCGUAACACGGGUUAUAUACCCGAAUGUCGUGCUAACACGAAGGCCGGGUAUGUUCAAGGUGGAAGCGACGGCAUGCCAAUUCUAGGAGACUUUGCGGUCAAGUAUGGAUCUCAAGCUGCAGAUCUAGGUGUGUCAGUGGAUGAUCUGUACCAAGCUUUGGUAGACACUGCAGAGAAUACGCCACCAAACUGGUAUCGAGUUGGGCGACAGAAUACGGCUUGGAAACAAUUUGGUUAUAUCCCCACCGAUUGGACGGAUCCAUCAGGGUCUACAGGUCUACCCACUCGGGAAGCGUCUCGAGCUUUGGAGUAUGCCCUUGGGGACUUCGCUGUACGUCAAGCUGGCGUUGCUCUGGGAAAGUCUUCGGACGGCAUAGCGACUUACGCGAAUCGUUCUAUGAACUUUGUGAACACGUGGAAUGCAAAUCUUACUCACGACGGGUUCACCGGCUUCGUACAGAGGAGAUACCCUAACGGAACAUUCGCCUUCAGUUCGCCGGAUGCAUGCUCUCCUGUCGAUCCCGUGUCGCAUUCUUGUGCUCGGGGGACUGACAACAACGUCGGAUUCUACGAAUCCUCGUCUUGGGAGUACAGUUUCUUUGCUCCUCACUCUGUAGCGACCCUAGUGGAACUGAUGGGAGGGAACGAUACCUUUGUCGACAGAGUCAACCACUACUUCUCCGCCGGAUACUUCUUGGCAGGGAAUGAGCCCUCAUUCGCCAUGCCUUGGAUAUACCACUAUGCCGGCCGCCCUGAUCUGAGCGUCCUACGGGUACGUCAAGUCGCCUAUGAGAAUUUCAACACCAAAAUCUCAGGAAUCCCGGGCAACGAUGACUCCGGCGCAAUGGCAGCCCUGCUCGUAUUCCAUAUCCUUGGCCUUUACCCGGUCAUGUCCUCGACCCAGAUGCUUAUCGGGUCUCCUCUCCUCUCCUCGUUCGUAUUGUCCAACGAUGUGCUUGGAACGAGUACAAAGUUUGUGGUGAACAACUUUGAUAGCACGUCCCUCAGUGCGGCGCCGCCUGAUGGAAGCAGGCUGUACGUGAAAAGUGUAACUAUCAAUGGGGUGCAGAGCUCGAGCAUCUGCGUCAUCGAUUGGCACGAUGUAGUUGGGGGAGGUGAGAUUGUUUUGGAGGUUGAUUCUAAUGCGGACGCUGCGAGAGAGAGAGGGUGUGGAGAGGCGGGACUUCCAGACUCCUUGGGGACGGGUGGAUUUUCCUGAGAUAGUCCAACCACCAUCUAUGAAUAGGAUUUGUAGGAACAGUAGUAUAUAUAUUGGACCGCGCAUUGUAUGUCACUGAAUGGCUUUCGGUUAGCAAGAGGAUGACGAGAUUCUUGGGGUAAACAUACCUCUGAGUGCGUUAUGCAUAGUUGGUUUCUUGGCAUGGUUGCUCGCUAAGUUCUUGCCAGAGGAUCUUAUGAAGAAGUGGAGGGACAGGGAUCCUCUUAGAACCUCGCAUAACUUUUGGCGCCGGCUUGUGUAGUUAAUCAGGUCAACAGGGUUUGUAGGAGCAAGAUGGAAAGACAGCGUAGGAGAAAGAGGAGUAUUGGAGGACUGCUGA